UGAAGCAAGAGAGAAAUCUAAAGCCGUUAGAUUUAGGGAAUGUAAAUAACUAUGAUGUGUGUUAUAUAUAUGUAAUUAAAAAGUAAAAUGAGUUAUCGAAAGAAUAACUCCAACAAUUCGAGAAUUUUCAAUGUGUCGCAGAUGCCCUCUUUAAAUAAACGGAUUGCGACCGGUUUUUGAAACAUGCAUGCCAUUGAUUAUAUUUACGUUUAAACGUUGUGCUGAUAUUAAAGGGUCAAGGUGAUUUUUUUUUAAACAGUGUCUAUAUUAAAGGGUCAAGGUGAAAUGUGGCUCGCUUCCAUAUACAUUUCUUCUUGCAGCAAUGUUUAGUCGUUAAGUCGUAAUGCAGUUAAUUUUGUGUUAUUUAUAGAACGCACUGUAGAUGAUCCGAGUAGAAUUUUUUUUAAUAAGAAGUUUGUGUAUGUUAUCAAGCUGUCAGGCGUCUUAUCAAGCGUUGCUAACUGUGAUAAGAUGGCAAAAGUAAACGUAUAGCUGAUUCACCUGUUUUAAUAAUCAACGAAUUUCCCUUUUAGAGUUCACUUCUGGUGCAUAUUUAAAACAGGUUCAGGAUGAGUGAAGAAAAUUAAUCUGCUAAUGGACUUUUUUAAAGAUAAAUGAAUGUUGAGAGAUAUAAUUAUUUUAUUAAAAGGGAAUAUUUAUAAAAAAGGUAAUAUUUUAAAUAUAAUGAUGGAACUAUCAUGGAAGCACAUCAGUUAACUACUGUCAAUUGUGAUUAUAUUACUGAAAUACAAGGAAAGUUUAGUAAUGUAAAUUUUAAACGCCUUGAGAGAACUGAUGGUCAGUUUAUUACCAAUCCUCAAAUGAGGAAUAUUGACAAUGAUUCAAGAAUUUUUGUAGAGACCCAAGUCAAAAGGACUUUGUUCAAUACAUGUUCCCGAUUUGUAUCAGAAGAUGUAAAUAAAAAAUUAUCCUAUUUCUCUCAAGAUGAAGAUAAAGAUGAAAUUUAUAAACUUGAUGAUCCACAUGAUUUGCUUGCUGGAGAAAAAUAUGUUAUUCAGAAUAUAGGUCAUGCAACACAGCUAAUUCAAAUUCUCAAUUUUAAUAUUUUGACAGACCCAGUAUUUAAUAACUUGAGUCGAAUCCUUUAUCCAGAAAAAACGAAAUCCCAUCCUAACAUUGAAAAGCUACCUAAAAUUGAUAUUGUAAUUAUUUCACACAAUCAUCGGGAUCAUGUAGAUAAAAGCUCAAUGCAAAAACUAUUGGAAUACCAUGAAAGAAAACAGUGGCCUCAACCACAAGUAUUUGUACCUAUGGGAGAUAAAAAAUUGUUUGAGAGUUUUGGAUUUGAACACGCAGAAGAAGUUGAGUGGUAUACAAAAAUAUCUGUAACUAAAGAUAUGAAAAGUACAGUGAAUUUCGUUAGUAUACCAGCAAAUCAUCGUUCUGGAAGAUAUGGUAUUGAUAAUCACAAAUCAUUAGUUAGUGGAUGGAUAAUAAACCCUGAGCAGGAAGAUGUAAUAUUUAAAUAUUCUGGAGACACAAGAUCUUUAUCUGAUGAAAAUCAACUAGCAACUGAUGCAGUACUUUGGAAUGAAAUAAAAAAUAAAAAUAGAAAUAAAGAAGAACAUGAUAAUAAUAUCAAUAUACCAGAUAUUAUUUGUUUUGAACCUAGUGGUCCAAAUUAUACACGUUGUGACAUGGAUGUCACUCAUCAGUCAACUUCAUAUAGUGCCCUUUUAAAAUUCCUGGAAAUUAAGAAUCUUGCUGAUUUGAGUGGAAAAAGUUGUCAGGAAUUUUUGCAGAAAAUUCAGACUAUUAUGAUACAUCAUAAUAAAUUUGAACUUGGACCUGACAGAUUUAAUGAAGGUUUAUUUAUUUUGAAAAAAUUACUUCAGUAUUUAGAACUAGAUGAUGAAGAAUUAAAUAGAGAAUUUAUAAGGCAGAGGAAUAAAACAGAGCAUAAUCUUGACAAGGAAAUGUUAAGAAAAAGUACACCUUGUAUAGCAAGGCCCCUUAUUGCUAGUUUACAAAGUCCAUCAUCAAUAUUAAUCCGUGCGAAAGAUUUCAUAAUAACAGAAAUUAUAAAUGUAACUAAUAAUCUAAAAGAGAAACACCACCUUGUAGAAUACUUGAUAAAUAAUACUGUAUUUCCAAAGAUUGGUGAGAGGUUGAAUAAUGAACAGAUUGCAAGUUUAAAGUUUGAUGUAAAAAGUGUAAAAAAAUAUAGAUUGAAGAACAGAGAUUCAAUUCAAGAGGUGCAAUCAACCAGUCCAGUGCUUGAAAAAAAAAAGUAAUUUGUGAAUGAGGUAAAGGAUCGUCAAGUGCCAUAUGAUAUUUUAUAAAACAUAUUGCUUGAUUCCGUGUAAUUCUGCACCAGAAAUUCAGGCCCCUUAGCAUUAUCAUUUAUUUUUGCAUAUUAAUCUUUGGUUUUCUGUUAAAAAAUAUUCUAAAGAUGUGUUUUGUAAAACAUUUUCAGUAAAUUUCUCCUAAUGCCAGAAUUUUCAAUUUCUUAGCAACCUAAAAAUGGAAGUUUCAAGGAAAGAUUCACUGAUAUAACAAAAUGUGUAUCCAUUCAUUAAAGUAAUUUUUUUAAUUGAAA